UCUUAAUUAGAGGCACCUAAUUAAUCGGUUGGGCUGUGCUGUGGUCUCAGGGCAGCAUCCCAUGCCCCGCCAUGGUCCCAGUGCAUUGGGGUGACUCAGACUCUGCCUCGGGAGGGGGCCGUGGUGUGUGUCCCACUCUGCCCCAAGUAAGUGCAGGCAUUGGGGAGGAAGAGCCAAUGGUUUUCCGCAUCGAUUUGACCCCUGCCAUCAGGAGCAAGGCAGCAGGUGUUGCUUUUCCUGCAUCCUCAUGAAUUACACGGGGGGGAAAAAGGUGGACAUCCAGGGAGGCUUUGGGGGCAGGAGCAAGCCCUACACAGCUGCAGUGCUUUGCGCGGUGCUUGCUCGUGCUUCCUGCCCAAGCCCUGCCCUUUGCUGCUGAUGGUAGAGUUUUCCAGAGGAGCUGGCAAGAAGCUCCGUGAACGUGCUGACGCCGAUUUGGGCGUUAAUCUGCGGCGCAUUUUUAAGGGGCGGCCGGGGAGAAAUCCCAGCGCUGCUCCCAUGCGGCGCCGCGCGCCCGCGCUAUUGAGAUGAAAUCUCACGGACGGAAUCGGGCGGACGCGGCUGCUGCAUCAGCGUCCGAGCAAAGUGCUGCCCUGGGCAGACGCAGCCCAUAAAUAGCGCGGCCGAAGCCGGGCAGCGCCGCGGGACCCGGCGGGAGAGGCACGAUGACCGAGCAGCAGAGUCCCCCCGAGCAGAUGGUGACUGGGGAGGGCGCUGGCGAGCGCGGGGGCAAUUACAAGAUCACCAUCUACGAGCUGGAGAACUUCCAGGGCCGCAGGUGCGAGUUGAGUGAGGAGCUCCCCAACGUGGCCGAGAAAGCGCUGGAGAAGGUGGGCUCCAUCCAGGUGGAGUCCGGCCCGUGGCUGGGCUUCGAGCGGCAGGCCUUCGCUGGGGAGCAGUUCGUGCUGGAAAAGGGCGACUACCCGCGCUGGGACUCCUGGUCCAACAGCCACAACAGCGACAGCCUCAUGUCCCUCCGUCCCCUCCAGAUCGACAGCCCCGACCACAAGAUCCACCUCUUUGAGAACGCCGGCUACACCGGGCGCAAGAUGGAGAUCGUGGACGACGACGUGCCCAGCCUGUGGGCCCACGGCUUCCAGGACCGCGUGGCCAGCGUCCGGGCCCUGAACGGAACGUGGGUGGGCUACGAGUACCCGGGGUACCGGGGCCGCCAGCACGUCUUCGAGAAGGGCGAGUACCGGCACUGGAACGAGUGGGAUGCCAACCAGCCCCUGAUGCAGUCGGUGCGCCGCGUGCGGGACCAGCAGUGGCACCAGCGCGGCUCCUUCGAGAACAGCUGAGCGCCGCGCCGGCCCCGCGCCCCGCAAUGGGCGGUGGUGAUGCCACCGCCGGUGCCAUCGGUUUGGUGUUCUUUGUGCAAAAACCUCAAUAAAGCUCUGAGCUGAG